AUGGGGGUGGGGGUAUUUUUCAGGGCUAUAGCCCUCUUCAUGGUGGCACUGCUGCUGGUGGACCUGCUAAGGGUGGAGGGUUUGGAUGGAGGGUCUGUUCUCGGCCUGAUGUGUCUGCUGUUGGUGGACCUGCUACUUGUGGAGGGUUUGGAUAAAGGGCCUGUUCUCGGCCAGAUGGUGGAUGUUGGUGGUUCUUGCUGCUGUGUGGCCUGA